UUGAGUUUGGAAACUCGUUUAACCUGUUCGUACUGUGACAGAAGAUUUAAAAGCGCGAUAAGUGUUUAAAAACUACUGUUUCAUAUAGUAUAUUGUAAAACAUCGUGCAGAAAAGCGAGCACACAAAGAGUGAUAUGAAGAGGGUAAAGCUGUGACAGUGGGAAUCAAACAUAAAAGUAGCCCCGGUGACAACAGGAAUAUCUAACCUUAUGCCCUCAGCUACCGGAGGAAAUAACCCUAUAGGGCAGCAGAAGGGUGGGGCGACUAUGCCCAGUAAUGAAGAAUGUGGGAUCAGAGAUGUCUGGGGUCACAAUUUGGAAGAAGAAUUCCGUACGAUUCGGCAAGUUGUACAACAAUAUCAGUAUAUCGCUAUGGAUACUGAAUUUCCAGGAGUAGUGGCUAGACCUAUCGGUGAAUUCAGAACUAGUGCCGAUUACCAGUAUCAGUUGUUACGGUGUAAUGUAGAUCUUUUACGGAUAAUUCAACUCGGUCUUACGUUUCUUGAUGAAUCGGGAAAUACACCUGGGGGUAGUUAUACGACGUGGCAAUUUAAUUUUAAAUUUAACUUACAGGAAGACAUGUAUGCACAGGACAGUAUAGACAUGCUUCAGAACAGUGGUAUCCAAUUCAAAAAACACGAGGAAGAGGGUAUCGAUCCACUAGAUUUCGCUGAACUUCUAAUGACAUCGGGAAUUGUUCUUGUCGACGAUAUAAAAUGGCUAUCGUUUCAUUCCGGCUACGAUUUCGGUUAUCUAUUGAAACUUCUUACAGACCAAAAUUUACCACAGGAAGAAAGUGAAUUCUUUGAACUUCUUAGGAUAUAUUUUCCAACGAUAUAUGACGUAAAAUACUUAAUGAAGUCUUGCAAAAAUCUGAAAGGUGGUCUUCAAGAGGUAGCGGAACAAUUGGAAAUUCAAAGAGUGGGACCGCAACAUCAAGCUGGAUCUGAUUCGUUACUUACGGGAAUGGUUUUCUUUAAGAUGCGAGAGAUGUUCUUCGAGGAUAACAUUGACGAUGCGAAAUACUGUGGUCAUUUAUACGGAUUGGGAACAUCAUUUGUUGUGAACGGCUCGGGAGGAUAUCUAGACAGUAAUGGGGAUAAUUCUUCGUCUUCGUAAUGUUAACAAAGAAAAAGAAACAAAAAUUAUCACACCUCAGUCGGAACAAAUUAUUUCAUUACAAAUAAAAUGUUAUAAAUAAUGUUUCACUUAAUGAUCAAGCGUAUAGUUCAUAUCCACGAUAUAAACGAAUUACUGCUGUAGAUCACAGAUACUACAUGAACGAAGGGCAAAUAUGAAAACUACAGGAGAAUUAUUUCAUAUUCGUGUAUUCUUUUCUUUUUUUUACGU